AUAAACCUUGUUUUAGUUGAGAGCUCCAUGGACACGGAGAUGGGCGGCGCUGAAUCGAAGAAGCCAAUUUGUGCAGAAGAAGAAGAAGAUCCAUGGAAGAGGGAGUUACCACAGAAAUACUUGGCGAAUGAGAAUCUGUGGAAUGACGACGAUUUUAUCCCCAAAACCGCUUCAAAGGAUGAUCGUGAUUUGUUUCGCAAAAUUUAUGGAAGAUACUUCCGUCAGAUUCUCCAAUCCGAUGGUUUCGACAUUGACAUUUAUCCUGGUGAUGCUAAGGCAGCUAUGUACAUACCAUAUCUGGAUUUUGAGAAAGAAACUGACUUGCUGAUGGAACUGGCUAACCAUGCUAUUCAGGAUUACAACAAUAACGAAACCAAUGUUUACAAGUACAAAGUUAACUAUGUUGAAACAGUGAACUUUAUUUUGGCUGAAUGUUGUGAAUUUUUCAUGACUGUUAAAGUUAGUAACCUGACUUUGCGUACACCGAUUGAAACUUUUCAAAUCCAUGCAUAUAAAGGACCACACGAGGAGAAUGUUGUCCGUCUUUGCAGGAAAAAGACGUCGAGAUGA